AGGAACAGCUCGCUGCCUGACGAGAACAACGUAGCGCGGUUGCAGGAGGAGCUCAAGGCGCUCAAAGUUCGGGAGGGCGAGGCCGUAGCCUCAGCGCGAGAGCUGAAACUGCAGCUGCAGGAGCUCUCCGAUGCCUGGCAGGCCCAUCUGUCCCGUGGCGGCCGCUGGAAGGAGUCCCCGCGGAAGCUGGUCCUGAGCGAGGUGCAGGACGAGCUGAUGAGCGUUCGUCUGCGCGAAGCGCAGGCCCUGGCCGAGGGCCGCGAACUGCGGCAGCGCGUGGUGGAACUCGAGACGCAGGAUAACAUCCACCGCAACCUGUUGAAUCGCGUGGAGGCGGAGCGCGUGGCGCUUCAGGAGAAGCUGCAGUACCUGGCAGCGCAGAACAAGGGGCUGCAGACGCAGCUCAGUGAAAGCCGCCGCAAGCAGGCGGAGGCCGAGUACAAGAGCAAGGAGGAGGUGAUGGCCGUGCGCCUGCGGGAGGCGGACAGCAUGGCCGCGGUGGCGGAGAUGAGGCAGCGCAUCGCAGAGCUCGAAAUCCAGAGGGAGGAGGGUCGCAUCCAGGGCCAGCUGAACCACUCGGAUUCGUCUCAGUACAUCCGCGAGCUCAAGGACCAGAUCGAGGAGCUGAAGGCCGAGGUGCGGCUGCUGAAGGGCCCGCCACCCUUCGAGGAUCCGCUGGCUUUUGACGGGCUGAGCCUGGCGCGGCACCUGGAUGAGGACUCGCUGCCGUCGUCGGAUGAGGAGCUGCUCGGCGUGGGCGUGGGCGCGGCCCUACAGGACGCUCUCUACCCUCUGUCCCCGCGCGACGCGCGCUUCUUCCGCCGUCUGGAGCGGCCAGCCAAGGACAGCGAGGGCAGCUCUGACAGCGACGCUGAUGAGCUAGCGGCGCCCUAUAGCCAGGGCCUGGACAAUUGAGGCAGGGGCGCGUGCGCUGGAAGCCGGGAGGCCUCAGCCGCCGGCGCCGCAGCAGUUGGUGGCCCGCUGCUCUGCCCGCCCUCCGCACUAAGGAACUCCAUGCCUCUGUGGCUCCGUCUACCAAGGGCCAGGCUAGCAAGGCAGCGUGCAGAGGGCUGGGCCUCCGGGCAGGCUCUCCCUGUCCAGCAGUGUCUACCCAUCUUGGCCCGUACCCCUCCUGCAAAUGUCCAAGGGGUGCCUAGGCCAGUUACCUGGAGAGUCUGCCCUCCUAACAGCAAGGGCUGGGGGGCAGACACGCAGAGAUCCCAGAAUUGGAAGAACAGGAAGUUCCUCCUCCCAGCAGGCUUCCCCCAGGACGAGGGCAGCCCUGCUGGGAAGUGCUCAGGAGCUAGAAGAGGUCUGAGGAAGGAGGGGUACCCCAGGGCUGGAUGUUAGCACCCCACAACCGCACUCUGAACACAGUGACCCUUGACCAGCCAACCCCUGACUGUUGGGGACAGAAGGCCAGGCUGGGUUUUCCUGCCUGGUGCAGGCAUCCCUGGCCCCUUGCAGCAGAAACCAAAGUCCUUCCUCCUGUGUGCAGGACCACCUGGGUUGUGAGUUGUCAUGAGAACCAGCUUGGGCCUGAGCGCUGUCACCCUGAUUUUCUGGGGCCAGAGAAGCUGCAAAGAGGAGAGAUCUUUCUCCCCAGCAGCCUCCAUCUUUCUCUGGGAGAUAACUUACAUACCCCUUCUUUGUCAGGGAUGAAAGGGUGCCCUCUCCUUGGAGGUCCUUAGCCUCCAUUUAUUCCCUUCCUUCCUGUGCUCCCAGCCCUACCCUUAGACCAGGGCAGGGCCCCACAGGUGGAGCUUGCCUCCCCAUACCUUCUGGGAGUGGUCCCGUGGUCUCUGCUAAGUCAGAGCUGAAACGGUGCCAAAGUCCAACAA